UGUUAGAUGGCGUGAACUGGAUGCAGUCCGCUGGUGUCGGUUCGGUUCGUUAAUACUGAAUUAGACCCACCAUCACGGCCAGGAGCAGCACGAAACGCCGCUGAAGGCGCCACUGUGACCGCGGAGGAAAGAUGGCCGCCCCUGCUCUCUCCAGCCGGGCCAGCUCGGCGGGCAGCCUUGGGAACAGCCCCACCAUGGCCGCCGGCAGGCUGCCUCACGGUGGCGGGGGCGUCGGGCCCGAGCUCGACUUCAGGUCGGCGGCCCGCAUGGAGGACCUGAACCGGCUCAUCCAGGAGUUCAGCAAGCACGACCAGCGGGAGUACGACGACCAACGGGCCUUGGAGAUCCACACGGCGAAGGACUUCAUCUUCUCCAUGCUGGGAAUGGUCCAGAAGUUGGACCAGAAGCUCCCGGUGGCCAACGAGUACCUGCUGCUGUCGGGGGGCGUCCGGGAGGGCGUGGUAGACAUGGAUUUGGACGAGCUCAGCGUCUACGCCCGCGGCACAGACUACGACAUGGAUUUCACGCUGCUGGUGCCGGCGCUGAAACUGCACGACCGCAACCAGCCAGUGACCUUGGACAUGCGGCACUCGGCUCUGGGCCACUCGUGGCUCAGCCUGCGCCUCUUUGACGAGGGAACCAUCAACAAGUGGAAGGAUUGCUGCACCAUUGUGGACCACAUCAACGGGACCACCAACUACUUCUUCUCGCCCACCCUGGUGGCCGACUGGUUCUACCAGUCCAUCUCGCUGGUGCUGCUGGAGGUGCAGAAGAAGCCUCAGAGGGGCAUUCCCAGGGUCGAGAAGGUGGAGAGGAACGGGACGGUCAUCUCUGUCAUCUUGGGCGUGGGAAGCAGCCGCAUGCUGUACGACAUCGUCCCUGUGGUGUCGUUUAAAGGGUGGCCGGCCGUUGCUCAGAGCUGGCUGAUGGAGAACCACUUCUGGGAUGGCAAGAUUACCGAGGAGGAGGUGAUCAGUGGCUUCUACCUGGUGCCCACGUGCUCCCAUAAAGGCCGCAAAGAGAACGAGUGGCGCCUGUCGUUUGCCCGCAGCGAGGUGCAGCUGAAGAAGUGCAUCUCGUCCAGUCUGAUGCAAGCCUACCAGGCGUGCAAAGCCAUCAUCAUCAAGCUGCUGUCCCGGCCCAAAGCCAUCAGCCCAUACCACCUGCGCAGCAUCAUGCUGUGGGCCUGCGACCGCCUCCCUGCCAACUACCUGGCGCUGGACGACUUCUCCGCCCACUUCCUUCUGGGCCUGAUCGACGACCUGCAGCACUGCCUGGUCAACAAGACGUGUCCCAACUACUUCAUCCCGCAGUGCAACAUGCUGGAGCACCUGUCGGACGAGACAGCCAUGCUGCAUGCUCGCAAGCUCUCCUCCGUGCGCUCCGACCCGGCUGAGCACCUGCGCACCACCAUUGAGCACGCCAAGGCCGCCAACCGGCUGACGGUGGAGCUGCAGUGGCGGGGCAGCACCAACAACCUGCCGUCGCCGCAGUCCGACGCCGGCGGCGAGAACCAGCCGGAUGACCGCCUGGCCAAGAAGCUCCAACAACUGGUCACAGAGAAUCCCGGGAAGUCCAUCUCAGUCUUCAUCAACCCGGACGAUGUCACGCGGCCGCACUUUCGCAUCGACGACAAGUUUUUCUGAAGCGGACCUCUUUCCCACCCACCCCCCCAAGGACUCGUGACCCACCUCCACUCAAACCUAAUUUUGUACAUUUUUGUUAUGUUCCUCUGCCACAGUUCAAGUCAGGUGAUCGUCAAGUCAUGUUUGCCAUGAUGUUUCAUUUUUUUAGUGUUGUUAUUUUUCUACUUUCCCCCUCCUCCCUUCACUGUGUUUUACCUGCUGGAGGCCUUGACACAAACAUCCAUAAAGACACCAAGACACGCAAUCCAGAUAUCGCAACAAUCAAGAAUGCUGGGAGUAAAAUAAGAGAGAGAAACUUGACUCACAAAUUUAGAGGAUCUGCUGAUCUUGUUAGUGGUUCACUCAUCAAGACUACGUCACUCACCUAGAGCGUUAAUACUCGAGACACCAUGUGAACAAAUGUCACAUAGUACUUCACAAAGCUCAACUAAAAACAGUUCAAAGAAUGUACUUUUAAUUUUCAGUUGAAAUUUUAAUUACAAUUUUCUAACUUCAAAAAGAUCAGAGGAUAAAAUGGAAUACUUCCAUCAGAACAUUUAUACAUGAGGUCCUCGCUCUAUGUUUUCUCUCUCUAAAUAGACAUCUAAGUCUCUUACGCUGUAUACAGAACACGUGAAGGACAUAUAAAAUGCAGUACUUAAAAUAUUAAAUAUGAGAAUUAAAUGGAAAACAUGGAAAGAAGUCUCAAUAAUGAGACCACUACACUGUUUAGUUAUCACUGUCCAUUUCGCAGGAGCACACGUUCAAAAGUACCAUCUUUAUCCUUCAUGAUGGUCGCCGCGUUUGAGCUGCUUGGACAAGCAGCUAGUGUUGAUCAGUGUUUCUCUGCUUUCUAAGCAUUUUACGACAUCUAAUUUCGCUUUGUUUUUCACUUUCCUUUUCUUUGACCCAUGAGAAGAGUCUGCCUCACAGACAUGAAAACAUGAAGGGAGACAAUUAAGGGGAAAAAAAGUUAUGUAAAAAGAACAAAAGUGGCAUUAUCCUUCCUCAGUGUAGCGGCGUGCGACUAUGUAUUCUUCUGCCACACGUAUGUCAUUGCGUUUUUUUUGUGUUUUUUGUAUUCAUAAUUUUUGAAAAUGUGUCGUACCCAUGAAAUGUAGCACAAGGACCGCCUGUAUUAUGUACACUGUGUACUUAGUUCCUUGUGGGUGUGAAUUUCGACUGCCGUGCUGUUGCAAAUCCAUGCCAGGUGUUUUUUGUUUGGUUUGCAAUGUUUCGUGUAACAUUUCGCGGUUACGACGCACUCCCAUUAGUUAUUUAAAAACUAAUUUUGACCUAAACGCUUAGGUUUGCAAAUACGGGACUAGCUUGAGAGCUACACUGAGGUGGGACAGCGUUUCCGCCACUGUCCCUUGCCAGCUUCCCGCACUUCAUGAUGUCAUGUCAGACUCUCCUGAUGGCAGUGCGCCGAAGAAAAGGAAAGCCACCACUGUGGAAGUGAAACCAGACAAUGACAAAAAUUCUCAGGAUUGGGAGAAACUUUGAUUAAUACUUGCUGUAUGCUCAACCACCGACACCAUCAUCAAAGACAAAGAUGGUGUCCUUGAACAAGUGGAAGGAUCCGCUCCUAUGAAAUCGACAGUGAACACAUUUUUUUAAAUUACUAUUUAAUUCCAUUCUUUUAUUUAAUAUCCUGAUUACUGUAUUUUACAUGUCCAUCAUGUGGUCUGUGUACAGCUUGCGUGACUUGGGUGUUGUUUGAGGUAUAAAGUAGGUCUCAGUGUGAAUGCACAUAUGUACUCAAUAGACUAAGCGUAAGUACGGGAUGCGCGCCAAUUGAGACACUCGUAGAAAAAUAACACUGUAAAUGUUUUUUUUACUGUGAGACACAUCAUUAGGCAUUAUCACAAUUGUGUCAUUAUUAUGAAACAAAUGAAUGUGAAUGAUUCUGUUGAACAACAGUGCGUGCGUGCGUGUGUGUGUGUGAAUGUAGUAUCAGAUGCAACACUUUUAAGUUGACGUGAUUGGUCCUCCGUAUGUAGCAAGUUUUUUUUUGUUUUUUUAAACACUUUUAUCCAGAUUGUCACAGCAGCCAGAUUGUCGCCCUGUACGAUUGUAAGAAGCUUCCUGUUAGAGGCGGACUGUCCCUUGUAUGGUACUAUGGUCUUACAAACAUGUUAGUAACUUCCAAAUGAAGCGAAGGGUACACAGGAAGCUGACCGACGCGACUUCUCGUCAAAUUUUUGCACAGAAUGUAAAAAAGCACCACGCUCCUCUGGAUUGUGUACGACCACCCAGUCCUGAUUGUGACAUCUACUGUGCUUUAUACGUGUGUGUGUGUGUGUGUGUGUGUGUGAGUUUGUAGUAGCCUGAGGAGCAGCAGCCGGUACGCAGCGACACUCCAGAAAAGUUUUCUUGUACCAACAAUGCUCCCGAAACACCAACAUUCCUAAGUACACAACACUGAUGGUGAUUGUAACAGCGUUGUUUGUAAGUUUACAUGACAGUCACAGUGUUUUGGAGCCUGGAAACACAAAUAUUUAAAAACAGAACACUAUCUGAUAGAGUUUCAAUGUAAACAGUGAUGUACUGGUACACGUGUUUUAAGUGUUGAGUGUUUACUUCACAAACAUCAUGCAGUGGCACCUCGGUUUUUGUUAAUUUGUUCAGAAAGGUCAGUUUUUCCCCAUUGGAAAUCAUUUAAAUCCAAUGAAUUCUUUCCAGACACCCACAAAUAUUAACAAAUAUAUUUUAUAGGUAAUCAUAGUUUUACAAGUGGGAAACAAAGCAGAAUAAUUCUAAACGAUGAAUGGAUGGGGCAUAUAUUGAUACGGACUUCUUGUACAUCCUGGCGAGGUGGAAUUCAUUAUGAAAUUGCUGGCACGCGCAACUUUCUUUGGCCCCAUGGCAGGUUAUUUAGCAGUCACAAUAAAAAUACACAGACAGUGAGUCAGCAACAUGUAAGGCGCUUUGUUUUGGUGCUGGAUUUUGCAGAAUGGUACAGUACAGGACACAUGGACUGAUUUGUUACGUGAAAUACUGUACAAAAAGCUUUGGUGAAAUUUUUGACGAAAACCGAGGUUUGACUGUAUUUUAAACUCACAUUUACUCUCAUGAAGGCUAUUUAAAGAAGGCAAACACUUGUGAUAGUUUUUCAGCUCCAACUAGUGGCCUGGCAUGCAUAUUACACCAUUUUUCACUGGUUGUCACGUCUGCUUUCCGUACACUCCUAAGACGACAUAGCUCCCACGCGGCGCCUCGGGAUUCGCCUUUAUGCAAACUUGAUUGUAAGACCGCAAAUGUCGGCGGCGAGACGCUGCGUACUUGUUGCUGUCCUCCACGUGUCAGCACUCAGGUUAAUCUGCUGCAUCGCGACACAGUCAGGUCAGAUGUCACGGAAUGUUCCUUGAGAAGACGUGCACUAAUCUCUCCACCGGCUUGUGUCGCUUUCUCCCAUCGGUGUCGUCUUUUUUUCUUGGAUGUGGUCACGGCCCGCAGUCGUCAAUCACUUUUAGUUUUUGACUUUUAGAAAGAUGACAUAUCUGCUGUAUAUUGAAGACUUUGUAAAGUCACUUGCAGUUUUGUAUUGUUUUUUUUAAGUUCACACACAUUUUAUUCUCCUUUGGUUUAUUUUGUAUUUGUUAACGUAACCAGCUCUGACAACCUCUCAGCUGCCGUCUGACCCGCUUGCUGAUGCUCCUCUGGGAUUGAUUAACCACAGAAAGUUAGGGAUAUUGGCCUUUUGAGUGAAAUUUCAGUGUAUGAUCAAGAAAUGAUUUGUUGUAAUGUGAAGUAAGCCACAGGUAUUGGAGUUGUCUCGUAUCAAAGCAUCAUGGGACCUGUAGUCCUUCCCGAGCUGGUUAUGUUGAGCACAUACUUGUCAACGUUUGCUUUUGAAAAGAAGGGAAAUUGCUUCCCCCGGCGCAGAAAAUUUGUCUGCUGUGGUUCAAGCGCGGAUACGGUCACCAAUGUUUGUUUUUUUUAAUGAAAUUGCAGGAAACUAUUUAAACGGGAGUGUAAUGGGAAAGAAUGGCAAAAUAUGGGAUUUUCCCAGGGGAUACAGGUGGGUUGGUUGCACUAUUGUUUUUAUUUUUGUUUUUUGUCGCGAAAAAUCCUAAAUAUUUCCUUUAAUAAUGCCAAAAAAGAGCUAAGAAAAUAUAAUUGGUCAUGUGAUAUCCAUUUUCUCAUCCUCAAGUGCAAUUAGUGAAAACACACUCUCACACAGUAAGGUUCUCCACACCACUAAAACAAAAUAGAAGUGCCACUCACACACACACUCCUGCUUGGUGGAAAUGUAAACCAUGUGUUGUGACCUUUGACCUUCUCAUGUACACAACCUUUGAACUGUGAUUUAUUUUGUAUCUUCUCACUACUUUGCUGCUCUGCUCUCUUCUCAAAGGAUGGAUUUCUUUAUGCAACGUCCACCAUAGCUCCAGCCUUCUUCUUCACUGUACAGUAGAGUCACUAUAAAAUCUUUUA